GAAGAACAAAUAAAUCAGCCAUGGGUACUUUAUUUGAAUGUUUGAAAGAGGCACGGCUUGAAAAAUAUUAUCAAAUCUUUCGCAUAAAUGGAAUUACUCGAUCUGAAGCUCUGGCAAGAUUAGACACUACAGACUGUGAUGCUAUUGGGAUAACAUCUCCUGAGGAUAGAAGAAGAUUACUUGAUCUCAUUGAAAUUAUUAAAUCAGUUAAUGACACUGACCCUUUAUAUAAUUCACCUGUAGCUAGACAUAGUCCAGUUACAAACAGAAAAUCUUUAAAAAGAUUCCAUACCCCUCCCUCAAAUAAUAACGAUGUAAUCAACCAGAGACUGAUUCCAACCAACAAUGUGAGAGUGGUGGAUAGGAGUCGCUCAGUGCCCGCUCAAGCUCAGGCUCUUGUAUUCUCUGAGAGUGAAGAGGAAUCAGAAUCAGAGUCAUCUGACCCAUCAGAUUAUGAGCCAGCAUCAAAGCAUCUGAAUCCACCUUCUUCUGUUGUUAGAAAAAGAGCUGUCAAUCGUCGUGUCAAGCAAAAAGGAUAUAAUUAUGGAGUGCCAACAACUGUGAAUUCAUCCAUUAGAAGUUCAAAGUCAUCCACUGGAAAACAUAGUGGAAGUGAUGAAAAAAUUAAAGUAUGUGUUCGUAAAAGACCACUGAACAAAAAAGAAAUCAAAUCUGGUGAAGCAAAUAUAGUGUCAGCUGAAAGCACAACAACUCUGACGGUCAAUGAACCGAAACUAGCAGUGGAUUUGACUCCACAUACAUUACAGCAUGAAUUUAUUUUUGAUGAGGUGUUUGAUGAAGCCUGUGGGAAUGAAGAUGUAUACAUUCGAGCUGCCCGACCUCUUAUUAACUGCAUAUUUGAAGGUGGAAGUGCCACCUGUUUUGCUUAUGGACAGACAGGUGCUGGUAAAACUCAUACAAUGAUAGGUUCACGAGAAAUUCCUGGGCUCUAUCUCUUGGCAUCACAUGAUAUUUUCUCUAUAAUUGAGUCUGGAAGAUAUGGACAAGGCAUUAAAGUAUGGGUCAGCUAUUUUGAAAUUUAUUGUGGAAACCUUUAUGACCUCCUUAACAAAAGAAACAGGCUUCAUGCUAGGGAAGAUGGUUCCCAUAAAGUAUGUAUUGCUGGGCUGACGGAAACACAAGCCACUGAUGUCAACUCCCUUUUACAGAUUCUGGAGUAUGGUAAUUCUGUCAGGAGUAAAGGAGCUACUGGGGUGAACCCAGACUCCUCUCGCUCUCAUGCCCUACUCCAGCUGGAGAUUAGGGACUCAAAGGACAAAAAACUAGGCAGAAUGUCGUUCAUUGACCUGGCGGGUAGUGAACGAGCCUCAGAUGUUACAGACACAGACAAACAGACACGCAUGGAGGGAGCAGAAAUUAAUCAGAGUCUCUUAGCUCUGAAGGAGUGCAUUCGGUCAAUUGAUCAAGAGAGUAAACACACCCCAUUUCGUCAGAGCAAGCUGACACACAUACUAAAGGACUCGUUUGUGGGGAAUUCACGUACCUGUAUGAUAGCUAAUAUUUCCCCCACCCAGUCUUCCUGUGAACACACCCUGAACACAUUAAGAUAUGCAGACAGGGUUAAAGAGCUUCGUCGAGAGUCAUCCUCAGGAAUGAGGGCAAGUACAGCCAGUAACAUCUUGAUGAAUAUUCCUCUAACAGCACCCUCUGUGUUCCAGCCAGGAAACAUUCUGUGUUCAUCCACUCCUAUUAAACCAAAGGCAAACAGACACACUGUGGCUCGAGCAUCCAUGCAGGACAUUCAUCUUGAUCCCACAGAAAGCCCAAUCAAAGGUCAUGGUGUUAAAAGAAAGACAAAAUCAGCAUCGGCCUCCUCCUCUAGUCCUUCUGUCACAAAACCUCAGAUUAGAAAACCAAGUGCUACUGUGGCUAGUCGCAUCUCUGCUGUUAGACACUUCCCCCCUCGACCAUCUCCCGACCUUUUAAGGUCAAGUCCCCCUCAGCAGCAACACCAUGUAGAAAGUAGUGACUCGGAUCACACUGACUCAGACUCUUGUAAUGUUAGUGAGAAACAUAAUGUGAAAACAAACAGAAACGUUCCUGUAGUAAAAUCUACAGAUACAGAUAAUGAUUUUCCUACUACAGAUUUUAAUAAUGAUGAUGAACUAAAUGAUUUAAACAGAACUGGAGGCAAAAAUGCUCAUUCCUCUGACAAUGUUUUAAAUUCACAGAGUGUGUCAGUUAUAAAAACCCCUGGAGUUCAUUUUUCAUCCUCUGGUCAUCCACUGCCAGUGAUAGGAGAUCAGGACUACAGGUCCCCUGAUUCCACACAGGCCCCACAAGAAAGGGGGAACUCCCCCCACAGGGGUAACUCACCCCAGGGUCCAUCACGUCCCAGUCCCCCUGUCCUCAGAAAGAAAAUCUACACUGAGCCGUCAGCUCAGUCCACUAGCACAGCUGCAGAUUCAGGGCCAAGGAAGUUUGAAAACCAAGUGAGAAACUUGCCAUUGAGUAAUAACUUUUUGACCAACCCAAAUAAUAAUGUUCCCAGGGUGUCUGAAGUGUCUCAGAAUAAUUCAGGAAGGACUGUGAACAGUGCUAAACCCGUGCUUCAACAUGCUCCCUUGUCUCUUGGAAGUGUAGCUGACGAUGACUUGUUUGAUGGACCUAAUCCCUCCUCACCCUCACAAAAAACUCCCAGAACACCAAGCACAGGGGAAAUGAACUCUUUAGUACUUGGGCUCAGUAGGGGGAAUAACAUACAGCUGAAAAUUCCCCAGGACCCCUCUGUGGACCCCAUCCUACCUGCUGUUAUGACUGCUAAGAGUAGUGACCUGACAACUUUCUCUCAGAGAUCCCCUGGUAGAUUCAGUCGGUACAACCCAGAACCUCCUCCACCUCCAUUUUCCCUGGCCAUGGUGAACCCCACAGAGUCUCGACCAAGGAUAUUACGCACUCCUCCACCUAGUCAACCAACAGAACAAAACAGGGCAGAGCAGCGUACUCCUCCCAGACAUUCUCCAAGUCAGGAGGUCAAGAACCAAAGUCCCUAUCAGAAACAUGAUGAUAGGAGAAUCCCCACACCUAAAGACCACAGGGUGGAAGAUAUUUCAUCAGAUUAUGGCAGAUUCAACCAAGGAUCUGGUGAUCAGUUUAGGUCAAAUAAAGAUGCAUACCAUGGGGGUAUAGAUUCAUCACAAAAUGGUCAGUAUGUGAGAUCUAGAAAUGAACAUAAUGUAGAAGACAGGGAAUCAACAAGGCAGAACCAUUUUGGAGGAUUAAACUAUGAAUGUGUUGACAAUGAAAACAUAGACAGACAGUCACAUGAUUCAGAGGAGAAGGUUUCAUUGGCUGAGGUGGAUCCUCUGUCUACCAAUGACUGGUACAAUACACCAGCUAACCAUGCUGUACAUAUCUACUCUUCUGUCCAAAAGUCAACUUCUAAUUUGGAUUACGAUGUUCACUCUGCUGCAGGUUACAGCCGAUCUAACCAAGAAAUGCCAGAGAAACCUCUAGAGGCUGACAAAGAUAUUCACGACAAAUUUGAUUCAGAUCUGACAGAGUUUCUACCAAUCCAGAAGAGGCCUAGCUACUAUGAUGACAGGCCUGCAACUUCAAGGAAAGAUGUGGCUUCUAGAUUAAGGUCUGUCUUCUUUAAGGACUCCAUGGAGAAGCCACAGAAACAUACUUUGUCAGAUAAUAGUCCUAUAAACAAAACAAAUGACUCAUCAAAUCAAAGACGACACACAACUACACAAAACAAACCUGUAAUUGCAAAAGUGCAGGAGAGAGACCAGCUGUCUGAGUAUGGAAGUGAACACAGGAACCACAUGUUAAGUAACAGGAGUGGGGGAGACACCUCUGGAAGGGGCCAGUCCAAUAAAUUCAGCAGUCCAGCAAUAAUAACAGAGAAAUUGGAGGGUGGAGACAGGGCAGGAUCAGCAUUUCUUCCCAUACACCCACAGCCCCUGACCACCAACCCCAUAACAAAGCAUGUAGUGGAGUCAUCAAACCCUGAUCUAGCACAUCCUGUCCCUAGGGACUCAGAAAAUGAAGCCAGGGAGGCAGAGAGCAAGGAUCAGCAAACAGACAGCAGACAAGUUAUCAUUUCUGCACAUGAAGAACAGCUAGCCACAGUUACCUCUCUUUGUAAGCAGGAAAUGAAGUUGUUGUUAGGGGCCAAGUCUGGGCACAAGAGUGAUGAAGAUUACAUAAGAAGGAUCAGCCAUAUCCUGACCCAGAAAAUUCAGGCCAUCCAACUCCUGCAAGACAAGUUAGAAAACUACCAACUGUCUCCCAUCACUCACGGGUAACAAGCCAUCCCACAGAAGUUCUGCUCCACAAACUCUAUGUCACAUCUUGUUUGUGUGAUGUAGUCUGAGAUCAUCCAAUAAUUCUGGUGGUUCAUGUUUUUACAUUAAUAAUCCUUUGGUUAAAAUGGCUUUAAUGACAAUAACAUUUUCAUUGAGUUUUUGGAAACAGUAUUCCAUUUUCAAUAUAUUUAUUGCCCAUAGUCCGUCCAUAUGAAAUUCUUGGCAUCUUGCCAAGAAGUUAUUGUCAAAAUUGUUUUAUGCUGGAAUCAGAUAAUUUUCAGUCUUUGACAUUUUGUUUUGUCAUUACAAUUGUUAAGUUUCUGUAUUUUGUUUUUGAAUUGGGCGAAUUCCUGACUACUGCUGUGAUGUUAGGCUACAAAUCAGCUCCUAAUGACACAUGAUUAUUAAUAUUUUAUGGUUAGGUUUGGAUUUUCAUGUUAUCUGCUAGCUAUCUAAUUGACUUCCUUCUUUCAAGUAAAGUACAAUAAAUGAUUUGAGUUUGAGGUCUAUUAUUUGCCAAUGCUCUGAAUAAAAUUGCUAUAUGGUAGCAUAUCAACAUUCUGGCCAAAAACUGCUUCUAUCCUUGUGUCUCAAAGAUGUAAUGCUAGACUAGUGCAUCAAGUCUUAAGGGAUUGAUCUGUUACUAUUUUGCUUUUUAGUUUGAAUUACUUUCAUAUUUAAAUAUUUUCCCCACAUAGUAAUUAUAAACAUUGUAUAAACACAUACGGAGCCUGAUCUUUGAUGAAAAUUGAAGAAGGAAAAAAUGAUAUUAUAAAAAAUCGCCAUUAUUCUAUCAUGUCUUUAAGCAUAGAUUGAAAUUCAAGUCAUUGACAAGGUCCAAUUUAUUUCAUCUAGCAUGCAUAAUGCUGUUUGAUAAAACAAAAGAUGUGUCAUCAGCUCUGUUCUGUCAUCAGCAUAUUUUAGGCUAAUACAUGUACCAUUCAAACAGAAUUGACUAAAAUUUGUAUGAAACCAAGAGAGAGAGAGAGAGAGAGAGAAAAUAAAUAGAGAACUGAUUUUAAGCCAGAGGUCCUUGAUAUGCUUAGAAUUAUUUUUAUUAUAUGAGCUAGCACUUGGUGUCUAGGAUUUCUUAAAAUGGAAACAGAAAACCUGCUAAAGAAUAGCUAAGGAAUAGCUAUAAGUCAAUUAUAUUUGAAUUGCAGUCCUCUUGGUUGUGAUUAUUUUGUUUCUUAGCAUGGUGUUUAUUAUACCAGGGGUGCAGUCAAAAUCAUAGCGACUGUGUAGUAGAAUGGUAAUCUGAAAAUGCUACAGUACACUAGCCACUACAUAGGAAUGCAUAAUUCAUACAGUACUUUCAAGGGACCUUUCUAGCCUAGCAGCUAAGCUAGCCACUGUGAUCAUGAAUAUGCAGCUCAGUUAUAAUGUACAUGAGAGAUUGUUGCCGAGUUGCUGCAUCAGAGGUCAUGUGUGAAGUCACAAUGUCACGGGUAAUAUUUGGAAUGUCAAGAACAAUUCAUCAUGGACUUCAAAGCCAAAGAAUUAUUCAAAUAUUAAACAAUAUUUAUUAUUUUUUUGGUUUUAUUAUUUAAGAAGUUUAAUUGACAAAAAUUACUUUCUGUAAUUUUUUAAUUAAUAUAUGAAGAAAGAAAAAAAAUGCGCUACGUUUAAAACAUUGACGUGUAAAGUGGGAACAUGUAUCAUACCUGAACUUGUACGCAAAUACCCAGUGUGCACAUGUAUUUAACAAAAGGGUGUAGGUUUCGCCAUUUUUAGAUGUUACCGAUAGGCAUUUACGAAACUGCAUACAUUCCAAGCCAGAAAGUUUGUCUGUGAUAUAAUUACAAUGUCCUAUUUUUAGCAGUGUACAGAAACAUGGUAUAUCUUGUAUAAGUCUGGUGUAUUUUUAGAUAUCUGUUGAUGUUUUGUUU